AUGGAAAACUAUAAUCAAACAUCAAAUGAUUUCAUUUUAUUGGGGUUGUUCCCCUCAUCAAGAUUUGGCAUAUUUCUUUUCAUUCUUAUUUUUCUCAUUUUCCUAAUUGCUCUGUUUGGCAACCUCUUUAUGAUCCUUCUCAUCUUUCUGGACACCCAUCUUCACAUACCCAUGUAUUUCCUUCUUAGUCAGCUCUCCUUCAUUGACCUAAAUUACAUCUCUACCAUUGUUCCCAAAAUGGCCUACAAUUUUCUCUUUGCAGACAAGUCUAUCUCCUUCAUUGGAUGUGGGAUUCAGAGCUUUUUCUUCUUGACUUUAGGAGGUGCAGAAACAUUGCUCUUGACGUUUAUGGCUUAUGAUCGUUAUGUAGCCAUUUGCUUCCCUCUUCACUAUCCCAUAAAAAUCAGCAGAAAGGUCUGUAUGUUGAUGAUAAUAGGAUCUUGGGUAAUGGGCUCUAUUAAUUCCUGUGCCCAUACCACAUAUGCCUUUCGUAUCCCUUAUUGCAAAUCCAGGGCCAUCAAUCAUUUCUUCUGUGAUGUUCCAGCCAUGUUGACUCUGGCCUGCAUGGACACCAGGAUCUAUGAGUAUACCGUGUUUAUGAGUACCAUCUUCUUCCUUUUAUUGCCUUUCAUUGGUAUUGCAUGUUCCUAUGGUCGUGUUCUCUUUGCCGUUUAUUACAUGCACUCAACCAAAGGGAGGAAGAAAGCUUAUUCGACCUGCAGCACCCACCUUACUGUGGUGACUUUCUACUAUAUGCCCUUUGCUUACACUUAUCUCCGCCCAAGAUCCUUUCGUACUCCAACCGAGGACAAGGCUCUGGCUGUCUUCUACACCAUCUUGACCCCAAUGCUCAACCCAGUUAUCUAUAGCUUGAGAAACAAAGAGGUGAUUGGAGCACUGAGAAGACUAAUUCAUAGAUUCUGCUCUGUGAAAUUGUCAACAAAUAUUGUGGCAUGA